UGUUUGUUCGUCGAAUUGUAAUAAGCAUGUCUGAUUUUUAUGGCGAUUUUGUAUGUUUGUUUGGGAUAGCAAAGAUCAAUACUUUUGUGUCUUUCUUUGGGUUUUGUGGUAACAAAAUUAACCUGUGUUUGGUUGUCGAGAAUUUGGAGGGAAAGAAAAGAAAAUUGAAUGUAAUGCUCUCAAUCGAAAAAACUCGACUCAACUCUCCCAAAUAGGUCUCUUAGGAAGUAGUGAUUUUUUGUGUCUUCAAAACAAUGGGGAAGGACGACGAGAGACACCAUGAUGAAAAAGGGAUUUUCUCACAUCUUGCUCAUGCUGUUGGUGGUGCAGCAGGACAUCAUCCUCCUCCAGGUCACUACCCUUCACCUGGGGGAUACCCUUCACCCGGGGGAUACCCUCCACAAGGCUAUCCACCACAAGGAUAUCCACCACAUGGCCACCCGCCAGGGGGAUAUCCGCCUCAAGGCUACCCACCAGCAGGAUAUCCGCCACAACAAGGCUACCCACCGUCUGGAUAUCCCCCUGGAGGAUACCCUCCAGCUGGUUAUCCUGGUCCAUCUGCUCCUCAUCAUCAUGGAGUUCCUGGACCUGCUGGCAUUGGUGGGCUCAUUGCUGGGGCUGCAGCUGCUUAUGGUGCACACAAUAUGACACACGGUGGUCACCAUCUUGGGCAUGGUGGUUACUUUCCACACGGCCAUGGUCAUGGGAAAUUCAAGCACGGGAAGUUCAAGCAUGGGAAAUUUGGCAAGCGCGGAAAGCACGGGAUGUUUGGGCGUGGAAAGUUCAAGAAGUGGAAAUGAUUCCAUGUUCCUUGGACUGAAUUUUGGAUGAAUUUCGGUUCUGUAGAUGCCUUUUUUUUAAUGAAUAAAAUGCACACUUUUGAUGUCU